UUUUGAAAUCCUAAAAUCUCUGGAUAAUUUGCCAUAGAGCUCUUUAUUUCUCUUGAUUAGUUUUAUGUUUUAUUUCCCAAAAAUGUCGCCAAAAUAACGAUAGGUAAGAGAGAAAGGCACACAAAACACGGGAGAAUCCAAUCCAUCCAAAAUCUAGGGGAAACAGAUUUACCAGUAGACACAUACAUUAGACGCGAAACACAAGACAGACAAACCCAUACGCAGACCACCCACCAUAAUCAUCGACACAACUCCCCUUUCUUCACAACCCAUAUCCUCCUUAUUUUUAUAUUAUUCAUAUAUUAAUUAAUAAAAUGAAUUUUCCCUUCUCUCUUUCUCUCUCAAAUUAUUAAGCAAUUUAUUAUUUUAUCCUAAUCUAAUCCGUUUUAGUUUCUAUCCCUUUGUCUUCAAGAGUACUUGAACCGCCGUUACAAGCCAAAGAACUUCGCUCUCUCUCUCUCUGUUAUACCUUUAGUACCCUCUUUCUCCAUCCAAAAAAAAAGUUUGAUCAUUCUUUUGGCCAUGGCUUCUCUAACGUCAAUUUCCCAACUGAAUAAAACCCGUUUCCAAACACCCCCACAAGCUCAAUUCCACCCCAAUUUGGCCUCCGAUUUCCUGCCCAAGAAGAGAGGCUCAAUUCUGUUCCAGGGUCAUUUUCGUAACUUGGCGGGCGUGCCCAUGAAGGUGAAAACGGCGGGGAAGAACGGCGUCGUAUCGGCGACGACGGCGGAGAAACCGAAAAAGCGGUACCCGGGCGAGGCGAAGGGGUUUGUGGAGGAGAUGAGGUUUGUGGCGAUGAGAUUGCACACGAGAGAACAGGCUAAGGAAGGUGAGAAGGAAGUGAAGGAGCCUGAGGAGAGGCCUGUGGCUAAAUGGGAACCUUCCAUUGAUGGCUAUUUGAGGUUUCUUGUGGAUAGUAAGCUUGUUUAUGACACUCUUGAGGGCAUCAUCGAGAAAGCCGCUUUUCCUUCCUAUGCUGAGUUCGGAAAUACUGGAUUGGAAAGGUCUGGAAGUUUGGCAAAAGAUUUGGAGUGGUUCAAGGAGCAAGGCCAUGUCAUACCAGAACCUUCUGAACCUGGAAAUUGUUAUGCUGAGUAUCUUAAGGAAUUGUCAGACAAGGAUCCUCAAGCAUUCAUUUGCCACUUCUACAACAUAUACUUUGCUCAUUCCGCCGGUGGCCGAAUGAUAGGGAGGAAGGUGGCUGAGAAAAUAUUAAACGGCAAGGAGUUGGAAUUCUAUAAAUGGGAUGGUGACCUUUCCCAACUAUUGCAGAACGUGAGAGAUAAGCUGAACAAAGUAGCCGAGAACUGGACAAGAGAAGAGAAGAACCACUGUUUGGAAGAGACUGAGAAGUCCUUUAAAUAUUCUGGAGAUAUUCUUCGUCUAAUAUUGUCGUAAUGCAUUUAAGUUGAUGUUUUAAUGGCGCAAGCCUAAUGUGUAUAACUUUCAACGGUCAAUGAAUACAAUGUCAUUAUUCUUCUGCCCAUUGUUAUGGUCAUAAAUCAUCAUGCAUCAUCAUAUUAUGUGAAUAACUAUAGGAAGAUGGACUUUGGUUAUUCUACCAUU